GGCUUAAGGGAAUAGGAAAUAUUCUAAAUGUCUUCUCGUGAAUGCCUCUUAGCUUAUGAGCUGUUGCAAGAGCAUUAUGGUAAGAUAGCUGCAGACGUGGCGAGCUUUCUGCUUCAAAAUGGCUGGCAACCUCUUCGUUAUAUUGCCCUCAAAGCUAACUUGAAGCUUGACCAGGUGCGGAAAGCUCUGUGCCUUCUGAUUCAGCAUAAGUUAGCAAAAUUCCAUGUAAGGAAGAGGAAGAUUGUGGAAUACGCCAUUAAUAUCGAAAAUGUCCUUUCCAUACUUUUUCACCCAAAGUUUAUUUACACAGUUAAACUACUUUACGGUGAUGCUGCUGAGUUGAUCGUGGAGGAAGCAUUACAACAUGGAAUUAUUCUGAUGAGCACCGCAAUUAAAAAUGUGGCAGACAGACUCCCAGAUGAAAAUGGAUCGGGGAAAAUUGAAAAAGCUUUCAAAGACCUUGUACAGACUCAUUUUUUACAGAGAGAGCCAGAAGUAGAGAAGAACGAAGAAGAGGAAUAUAUUGUUCCCAUCUUCACUCAGAAUGAAGCUGAUCUGUAUCGUCUUCCGACUUUAUCAGAGGAAUCUUUAAAAAGAAAAAGAUCUGAUGAUGGUUCUGAUGAACCAAAAGCAAAAAGAUUAAAAUCGGAACAUGAAACACCUUCUAUGCCUACAGACGUUGUAGAAGACGAUGGUGUUUACUGGUCAGUUAACAUUUCCAGAUUUCAACAAUAUUUUCGCGACCAAUCCAUAGUAGCUUCUGUUACGCAACGCUUUGGGACACCGUGUGGUGAAAUAGUCCGAGCAAUGCUAAGGAUUAGUGAGGUCACGACCCCAGCCAACGCCCAGUCCACACAACCAAUCAGCAGCGCCGAAAUCGCAAGGUCUUUACCACAGAAAUUACCAAUGGAGCAUGUUGAGCAACAUCUAAAACUUCUCUCUAAUGAUGAAGAUCAAAUUGUUCAGUUAUUUGAUGACUCUGGCAGUGGGGGAUUGUAUGUUGUCAACUUAAAAAACUCGGCUCUGGCGCUGGCAACUGCCACAGUGCUUUCCUACGUUCAGCAGAGAUACGGAAGUAAAGCUUGUCGUAUAUUCCGUCUACUCAUGCUAAAGAAACAUUUGGAGCAGAAACAAGUUGAAGAAUUUGCGAUGAUUCCUCCCAAGGAGGCAAAAGGAUAUCUUUACCAUAUGUUAGCAGAAAACAUGGUUAUCAUGCAAGAAGUUCCACGCACACCUGACCACGCUCCUGCUAGAACGUUCUACCUUUACUCUGUUAAUAUUCAGAGACUCUCAAGAAUAUUAUUAGUAAAGUGCUACAAGACCUGCACUAAUCUUAUGACGCGGCAUAAUCACUUAAUCAAAACAAACAAAAGAAUUCUCGAUAAAGAGGAACGAAUUACGGCUAUUAAAGCUACGUUACCAGAUGCUGAUGAAGCACAGCUUGAGGAAAUUGAAGAAAUGAUGACGUCAUCAGAGCGUACGUCACUCACAAAGCAUCAGCAUUGUUGCAAUAAACUACACACAGCUCAGAAUCAGUUGCUGAACACCAUUUUUGUUUUGGAUUCGUAUUUAAACGCUCUUUCGUCAGCGUGAAAAUAGAUUAAAAUAAAUUCAAAAAUUUCGUUUA